AUGUCACAGAAAAGGUCUAUUGCCGACUUUUUUUCGCCUUCGAGCAAGCGGGCCAAGCAAAAAGCUGUCUCCCCCGAGCUUUUUGCUUCCACAGCAGAAGAUUCGGAGACGCUUCAGGAACAAGAAAAUGCUCAGUGCUUUGUUUCAAUUCCGCUUGAAGAGACUGUGCGUAGCAUCGCGUCUGACGAUGCUUGCCCGUCCUCGUCAGGGCACAUGGACCGCGAAUGUGAUGACCUUUCUGCAUCGUGUGCAGCAAGACAUCAACCUGAUUCUGCGACAGAAUUCACCGCCUCUGAUGUGGAUGUCGACCACGCAGGCCAGUUGGACAUUUCGAAAUUCAAGACAGAGCAACCCACACAGCCAAUACUGAACCCAUCUCCAUCUAAGAAGUACGGCAAAUUGAGCAGGAGCUUCAACUCAAACUGGUACCACCUAUUUCCUUGGUUGGAGUACAGCGCGCAGGCUGACGCAGCUUUCUGUUUCCCUUGCAGAAUGUUUUCAACUGGUGACAAUGAGAAAUCUGCAUUUGUCAAUGGUGGAUACAGUAAUUGGAAAAAUGCCCUAGAAAGAGACGGUGGCUUCAGGAAGCACGAAAACUCACUCGUGCAUAAGACUUGCCAGGCAUCGUGGGUUUCCUUCACGCAGAUGAAGGCGGGAGAACAAAGCAGGUCGGUUGCAACACAUCUCAGCGACGCGUACUCCAGGGAGGUGCAGGAAAAUCGCCUCUAUGUAGCAAGAGUUGCCGAUAUAUUGCGAUUUACUGCCGUUCAGGGAAUCCCUCAGAGGGGCCACGAUGAAAGUGCCAGAAGUGAAAACAAAGGAAACUUCGUUGAGCUCUUGAACUUGUUUGCUAAAUAUGACGACAUUAUAGGAAAGAAACUGAAUGGUGGAGCAGCGAAUGCGAAGUACGUUCAUCACUCGAUACAAGACCAGAUCCUCGAAAUUCUCAGCCACAUCACAUUAACAAGUAUAAAGGAAGAGAUGAAAAGCUCCCAGUGCUUUGCACUUAUCGUCGAUGAAACCAAGGAUCUAAGUAAGACGGAACAGUUGUCAGUGGUAGUAAGGUACUACCUCAAUGGGGCUUUCUUUGAGAGGUUCCUUGUAUUCCGCAAUGCUGAGCAAUUGGAUGCUAAGUCGCUCCUGAGCUACGUCAAGGAAACGCUGAAUCGCUGCGGCAUUGAUUCUCAACUGUGCAUUGCUCAAACAUACGAUGGUGCAAGUGUUAUGAGCGAUGCUCAAGAUGCUGCAAUUUUUAGAAAGUGCAACAACCCAAAUGGCCAUGGUCACAACUACAAAUUGGAAGUCACAGUCACUGGCCCUGUGGACACAGCCACAGGAAUGGUAAUCAACAUCACAGACCUGAAAAAAUAUAUACAGUGGCAGUGCAUGAUGCACACAACAGAAAAUGUAGCAGUGCUUGUCUGGCAGCGGCUGCACAAGGUGCUGCCCAAAGAGCUGCAGCUUUGUGUGCGGUUGCACGAAACAGACAAGAAUGUUGUCACAUACGAAGGACUGUGA